AAAUCCUGACGUCUGGAUGACAAUAUCAUCUCCGAAGCCACCGAACAGGCAGGAGGCUCUUCGGCUCCUGUGGUGGUGCAGUUCACCUGGCAUCAGUCAAAAACAGCUAAUUUAGUUUGGCAACAAAGUUCACUCAGAAGUUCUCUUGUUCUUUUGUAUGGGGAAGUGAGAAUACUUCAAGCAGAAAGGUGGGGUUGAACCCCAGAAACUGUGGCCACCUGGAGGUUCUUCCAGCAUGAGAACUGCUACCCAUCUUCACAGGUGAGAAUAUUCUGCUCCAUCAUCAGACAACGACCUUCAUCUGUGCUCAUCACACUCGAUAUCUCCCUCACUUUCUUCUUCCACAUGCAUCUAACUCUUCCUCGUGGGUUAGGGUUAGCUAACUUUUUUCACCUCCUCAUCCACUUGCCCUAUCUCUCUCUUUGUGACCUGACACUCUUCAUCACUGCCAUACUCUUCCUUCUCUCGUGUCUGGUUGUUUCAUCCUGAUCGGUGCAGCAGAAAUACAUGGCGACAACUUUCCUGAACUCAGGUCACAUGAUCCUCCCCAAGAGCUCUUGAGCAAGAGUGAGUGUUACAUGGCAUUAAAAUAAGCAGGCAGUAGAUAUGUAGUUCUUACCUGUUGUGACAUCACUUCCUCUUUCUGUCUUGUUUUCCUUGACGUUUCGCGCACUCUGAACUAUUUUUGCAACUGGUUUGGUCAGCAAGGAUCCUCAUCAAUUAUUAAGUGGCUCAUCAAUAAUGAAUCCCAAUGUGUGUAUGUGCGCUAGACGAUACACCUGCAGCACUCCCCCGUGGCUUCCUGCCGUGGACAAGAGAUGUGGGAUGAUGGAGUCAUCACCUGAGACAUGGGGAGAGUCAGGCACACCCUGCUGCUGCUGUGGCUCUCCAGCAUAAUUCCACAACAAAACUGUGUAGUAGGAGAUGUCUGACCAGGGGUCACGUACGAACACGCAACUGACAACUUGGACUGCUGAACUUCAAAUACACCAGGCUCCUUGGAAAAAGGAAAAAAUAAAUAAAUAAAAGUAGUGAUUGGCUUAUGAGGUUUCAUGAAACUUUUUUUCUCAGAGUCCAAUAGAUGGCACUCUCUGCUCUCAAGUCAUUGGAUAUGAGCGCUUUCGCUGAAACCUCACAUCCCUUUUCAAACAGAGAGCACCACCUGCUGGGCUCUGAAAAUGAGGACACCGUUAGAUGAAGCCUUGUCAGCCCAUUAAAUAAAAGACACUGUGAGACCAGAAAAAUGUCAUCAUCUGUUCCAUUGUCACUUUUGUUUAGGUGGAACCUUUCCUGUUCUGACACACUGAUACACACUUGUCAUGUAGAUCAGGUUGGGUCGGGGCAAGUGCUUCAGUGCGACCGCCCACACUGGGGACCAGGUCAGGAUGAAGGUGUGAGAAGCAGAAAGUCUCCACUAUGCCACCGGAAACGAGGCCCAUGUCAGCUGUGUGGCGUGAUGAACAUGAAAAUGUUAAAGAAACAGGGGGUAAAGAGCAGGACUGGGGGCACGUUGGUUUCCCGACCUCACUCUCAGGAGGAACAAUGAGGAACACAAAUCUCUGAGCCAUCAAAUGAACAUGGAAUGGUGGCAUGGCACUAUUUCUGGAUGUUAUGAAAGCAUUUAACUUUUGGGUGGUUUGUUUGUUUAUUUCUGGACAUGGUAAUGAUGAUACACACUCCAAAGGCACGAGUCGCCAAGUGCCCUUUGUUAUUCACUGGUGUGGCAGAAUCAUUAGCGACAACUGUUGAGAACUUUAAAGGACUGAACAUCGACAACCCUCAAAUAAUUCAAAGCCAUUUUCAAAUGAAACUACAUUUUUGUUGUCCACAAUGUGUUUCAUUUUAAAAUAUUCCAAUACAUGACAAAAAAAAGAUUGGUCCUUCUGGUCCUUGUGAUGAGAAGAACGCCAUUGACAAAUAAUAGCCACAAAUAAUUGACAAUAAUCUAAAUCCUACUUUUUUUUUUUUUUUUUUGUUUCUUACAGGAAUAUUGUAAACAGAUGUUUCUGGUGUGGUCCUGAAGCUUGGGGAAACAUUUUAAUCGUUUCUAGAGUUAAGUUAAUUUGUUCUUUAUUUCUCAGGAAAAUUGUUGUGUCAUGUUCAUUUGCAAUGACCUGUUUUCAGUCCUUCAGUAUUUGAGUUUUUCACACUUCUUGACAAUAAUUUUGCCAUAACAACAAGUAAAAGAGGAGGAAUACUGCAACCUUGUGGAAUGCCUUGUGAAACGCAGCUAUUAAUAUAUGUGCGUGUGUAUCAUCGUAAUCAAACCAAAAAAAAUAAACAAAAAAAAAAUCCAAACCUCUGGAAAGUUUCAAUAAUAAUGCCUUUGGAAAACCUUUGGAGCCUUUGGAGACUUAGAGACAUUAUAGACUGCAUACUGCGUAUUUUUGUGCUUCCCCAAAUUGCAAAAAUAAGAUUUUUUUUUUUUCUCCUUUCUCAAUCCACAUUCAUCAAUUCUUUCACUAAAGUUCAUAAUUCCCUUUUCUAAUUUUCCUCAUUUUGAAUUAAAGAUAUUCCCAUUUCAACAUUUUUAUGUCAGGAGACGCAUUAUGUCUACAAUUAAAGAUUUGAUAAAGUCAAUAAAGGUGUCCUGUCAUGUCAAUCAGGUACAUAGGGGGCGGGGACUGCCGUAAAGAGAUGUUGUUACAGACCACGAGAGUGAUUGGAAAAAGGAGUACGGGAAAUAAAAGGAACCUACGAGUCAAAGACCUCUGGACUGUUUAUUGAAUAACCUCACUUUACUUGUCCUUUAAAAAAAACAUCACUCGUAGAGAGCAGUAUGAUGUCCUUGUCGAGUAGCUGUAGUGACGUCAUUGACUCUUCGACAAUCCCGCACAUGCGCAGAACCGACACUAUCACUUUUCCCAGACCUUGUACUGACAGCUACCUCCACCUGCCGUCCGAGGAUUCGCAAAUUCGUCUUCUGCCGUCGUCCACUGCGGCCUGUUUUAACUGACUUGUAUGCAUGAAUGAAGACAGAUACAUGUUUUACACGUACGGUGUAUAGACAGAAUUCCAAUGUUGUUUUAUUUUUAAAAGACUGUCGCUUGAGGUACUGAUGUGACGUCAGUAGUCAGCUGCCGGAUAUCAAACACACGAACUUCCGGGUCACAAGUGAAGCGAGAUCAGAGCUCCCAGAUCUGCAAUCGCGUCUCGUCCUGACCUCCAAUGGCCUCCAGGCGGCCUGAGAGCUUCGAUGGCCUCAGCUUUCGCGGGCGUGACGACCCGCUAUACGGAGCCGGAUACUCCGCGAGAUCAGCGGACUCGCACCACCUUCACUGGGUGACCACCCCGCCGGACAUACCCGGUAGUCGCAACCUGCACACGCAGGACCGAAGCCCGCUUUACGACGACCCGCUGUCGGAGCACGUGACUCCCGGGGGAGGUGGCGAGGCACCGCAUCCCGGCGGGGUCCCAGCAGAUCAGCUCAACAAGUUUGUGGGUUUCGGGAUUGGACUUGUCAGUUUGUUUACAGAGAAUGUCCUCGCUCACCCAUACAUCGUCUUCCGAAGACAAUGUCAGGUGAACUACCAUGGACGUUGUUACCACCUGACUCCGUUCAGCGCCGUCGCUGUCAUGUACAGCAUCACGAAGACCCAGGGGGUUCGGUCACUGUGGAAGGGAAUGGGCAGCACCUUCAUCGUCCAUGCCGUCACUCUUGGAGCUGAGGGUGUGAUCAGCGAGCUGACUCCGUUCCCACGGGAGUUCCCACAUCGCUGGAGUCUGAAGCAGGUGGCGGGUCACUUCCUGCUAAAAGGGUUGUCUGCGAUGGUGGCGCUGCCGUUUUACUGCUCCAGCCUCAUCGAGACAGUCCAGAGCGAGAUUGUGAGGGACGAGUCGGCAUCGGGUUUGCUGGACUGUGUUCGUGAAGGAUUUCUGCGGCUCCUGGGUGUUGGCGCACCUCACAGCCGACGUCUACUUCCUCUCAGCUGUUUACUGCUUCCUGCGGCACUGCACGCCUUGCUGCGUUACAGCGUGUCGGCCUGUGUGCAGCGCGGGGCACUGUGGCUUCACCAGCGGGUACAGCAGCGGAACAAGCCCACGGCGGGCCAGGAGCUGGGGCCUCUGGAUGUCUACUUCCCAGAGUUGGCAGCUGCCUGGCUGGGUGCCCUCACUGCCGAUGUGGUGGCAUUUCCUCUGGAGACGGCGCUUCACAGGCUCGCUCUGCAGGGCACACGCACCAUCAUUGACGCCACAGAUGGAGUGGUUGCCACCGGUAAUGGAGGCAGCCCCCUGGUUCUCCCUGUCAACACACAGUAUGAUGGAUUUUCUGACUGUCUGGCCAGUAUACGCCGCAAAGAAGGCGUGGCGGGGCUGUACCGUGGCAUUGGGGCAAUGGCUGCGCAGUAUACGGUCCACGCCACCUUGCUGGGGGCUGCCCAUGCUCUGCUGAGGCUGCUGCUGCAUUGCGGUGGGGGCAGCUUCAGAGGGACUGCUUCAGUUCCUGUCUACUGAGAGACUUUGUCUGGAUGUUCGUCAUGGCCUCCACAGCUGCCCAACAAUAAACUCUUGUUCAUAUGUGUUCGUAAAUAGAUUGUUGUCCCCUCAUGAUCAUCACAGGUGCAGGGGCUGUGGAAACCAGACCCCCAUAAACUGUAUAAAGUGUAAAAAUGCUUAGUCGACUCAUGGUCAUGACUGCUGGAGUUCAGAAUAAAUUCACCCACUUAUUUGUGUGUUAAGUAUUAUUUAUUUUUAAAUGAAAAGCAUGAAUAUUAAA